CACUCGUUGUGAUUCGGUCGAGAAAGGAUAACGCGCGACAUGGAAACUCCGUCUUUUCCGUGAGCUUUGAGAGGGGGGAUAUUUUCUUCACAGAUUUUUGCAGCCAGAAAAAAACAGCGUUCCCUUUGUGGAAAGGUGAAAUUUUCGGCAAACGAAAAUAUUUGCGAGUUUUGUGUGGUUGAAGCAUGUGAGCGAUAUUUUUGGAGGAAAAAAAAUGAUGAAAUUUUAGAGGAAAGGUUUUGAAAUAGUGCGGGUUUCCAGAAAGUGAUCCAACGCAAGUUGUGACAAAGGAAAAUAUGUAAGGGAAUGUUCCACAUCGUGGAAUUGGGUUAGUGGAAUCAGUGCAACAUUGUUGAAGAAAGAAGAUUUUUUCAGAUGGUGAAAUGAGAAGAGUUCUUUUGAGAAGUUCGAUUUUCCUUCGUCAGGAAAACUUCGCAUAAAAUCGUGAUAAAUUUAAUAUGUUUAGUGUCGUUUCCAUUUUCUCCCGAAAGUAGCUUUCCAUGUUGAAUCAAACAAUAAAACAUAUAAAAUUCUCCCACUUUGGCAGCCGGAGAAUGUGUUUUUCGUGCCCGUGUAGUGUCAUCGUGGAAAAAUAAAGGAAAAAUAAAAAAGUUUCAUCAGGCCACAUUCCGAGAAGAGUGUCCGGGCAGAAUUUAGGAGGAAUUUUCCUCUUUCCACUAGCUGGUUGAAGGAAUAAUUUUUUAAAAAGGAAAAGGUGAAAUUCUGUAGACGUGAGAAAAUCCAUAUCCUCACUCUCCUGCGUGGUUCGAACCUGUCGGGAGUCCCUAGAGUGUGUCUGCCACCUGAAGUUGGCCGAUUUCUCGGAACCCUGCCGGUGGAAGGAAAAAGGUGCAAAUUAGGAUUACGUUCAACAGUGUUCGUACGAGCGAUUACUAAUCGUCGUAAAUAGUAGAACUCACCACCACCACCACCAUGCACGCCGUCGGAAUUCACUCGGCGCUGGCCAUCAAGCGGCAACGAAAGCGGCGCGAUGUCCAGCGGAAGGUCCGCGAGCGCCGCUACAGCAUACAGAGCUCCGAGAGCGGGGAAACGCACUCCCCGCACGGUUCCACCCGCCGGAAGUUCCACCCCCACAAGGUGCACAUGACCGAGAACCAUAACUUAGACACGAAGGUAGUCACAAGCAUUGGAAUGCUACACAUAGGAGUCGUAUUCGUAGUGUUCGGAAUCUUUUUACUAGGUGCUGGAUUUUUUCCAGAUAAUUUAUCAAAUCAACCGGCACAAACCUGGCAUCUACUGGGCAAAGGCUCCUGGUGGAACGAGCUGAUAUGCACGGGACUGUUCGCCGUCGGUCUCGGCAUCUUCUUAAUCAUCCUCAACUGUGUGAUAAGCAAUCGAGAGGAGCAGGACCUCGAGAGCUACGUCCAGCGGCAGCUGACACGAUCGAGAUCCGGUCACCGCUUGGAGCGAGACGUCGAGACUGGUGGCCUUACGACACGCCACCACCGCAAAGCCAUGCAAAUCCAGAAGGGUGCCGCCGAAAGGGGCUUGGACGACCUGUCCAACUCGAACAUUCUGCUAACGCCAACCAGUAGCGAGGUGGUGACCCCCACAACUCCCUCCGGAGCAGUACUCGGAGCAUCCGGUGAGAUAUUGCUAGAGAAGAUCCUGGAGGAGGACAGCAGUUACGGUGAUCCGGAUUACUACUCGCGGAACGCCGGACAAUCGCCGCCGGGCGCCGAUAAUGACAAGCGGUUGCUGCUCGGUAAUGGCCAUACUGGCGCCAUCCACAUGACCGAUAUCUAAACCACAUCAUCAGCAGCAGUCCCAGAAUCGUCGCGGGAAAUUCCAUCACCAGUUGCACCAGAACCAACCACAACCAUCAACCGAGGGUCGAGCACAUAACCUCAAAACACCACACAACGGCGACGUAAGUACCGGCAAACCCGUAUAGUAAAACCGCGGAAUGGUCCCUUCCCAGUCUCCUAGAAUAAACUGAUUUUUCUACAUGUAUUGACCGUUAAGCAUUAACCACACAAACAUAUACAAACAGUCAGUCACAUUUACAGUUCAAGUACGUGAAACAUAUAAAAAAAGAAAUCAAAUAAAUCAAAUCAUUAGCCCCCAUAACCAUGCACACACACUCAAACACACACAGAUGGACGUGACUAAGCUACCCUUCAGCGGACUCUUUCGGCACGGUGGACUAACCAUACGGAAUAGUUUCGGUAAAAUUUAUAUGGCUUCCAUCUUGUACAUCUUGUAAAAUCUUGUAGAUCAACGUGACUUCGGUUAAAAGGUCAGAACUACUUUCUGUUUUUGUUUCAACGAUAGGUGCUUCAACUGAGUGUUUAGAAGAAAGGUUAACAAAAUUCCGUACGACUGACCCACCGUGCAAACGACCACCAACAAAAAUCGACGCUGCAACAUAGAUAUAUAAAUGUGCAACAUUGCUGAAUUUACUAACUCUAAGAAAGAUAAGCUAUACGCCGAAAUUAGCUGCGAAGGCUGCGAACCACUUGGCAGAAAGCAAGAGCAAACGAUUCAGUCCCUCAAAAAAAAUACAGCACUAGGGUGGCCCAAAUACUACGAUGUAACACUGAACUACACUGGAACCCCAUCCCAGUCUCGACGUUCUAGCAGGAUUCUAGCAGAAUUCUUAGAGAGCUGGAUAUUCUUAGAGCAUUCUAGCAGAAAUGUUCUACCGUUCUAGCAGGAUUCUGACAGAACCAGCUCUGCUAGAAUAUUUCGUGACUGGGAUGGUUUGACAUCGAUCGUUGUCAAACCAUCAGGGUCAUUUUCAGUUUGACAACCCUUUUACACGGAGCUCACACUUACUACCAAACGUUUAUUGUGAUAGUGUGAAUGAGCUCCAUGUAAAAAGUGAUAGUUCGUGUUUUUUUAGAUUGACUUUGUCAAACCAAAGGGUGUUCAAACUAUAAAGUGUCAAACGAAAAUGUUUCCAACCACGGAAGGUUCAGUGUAGUGUAGAACCCCUUUGAUUUGACAGCUUGAGCUUAGUUGAGAACUGUCACUGUCACUGUCACUUUUGACUCAAUGCUUACCCACACUGCUUUAACGAAUUUUUGAUAGUGUUCAACCGUGCGCGCCAUGCAAAAAUUGUGUUAAAUUAAAACUUUGAUGAUUCGACACCGUUUGUUGAAAAACCAUUUUUAUGUUGGCAACUAACGCUCACACACACAACCAAAUGUUUGUUUUCAUGAAGUACGUGAACGGGGCUUUAAAAGUGACAGUUCGUCACUUUUUAAGUUAAAUUUGUCAAACCAAAAAAAUAUUAAAAAAGUUGUGAUUUUAGAGAUUUUAGAGGUCAUUUUUAAAUACUUUAAUUCGAAAAUAAUUCUGUUAUCAGUUUGAAGCAAGUGUCGAAAUCGUGUAAAGGGGAUGUGGUGGUUAAAAAUUAUCGUGGUGAAUUUCUUGUCAUAAAAUUAUUGGUUGAUGAAUGUUGAAAGAAAUUUGCGUUUAUUUGUGUGUAUUUAAUUUCUUUUCAAAGUUAACAGUGACAGUCAUUUUGUUUUCAGAUAUCGACUCAAAUUUGAUAGAGUUCUUCUGUUUAAUAGUUUUUUGAACACUUUUUUUAACAAAGAUUGCUUUCAAUUCAAACAUCUUCUAUAGCAGUCAAAAUACAAAAUUCCACACAAUAAGUGAGUUUCCAUGUUAUAACUAAGUUUUCAACCACAGUGGGCCACCCUAGUACCCAUUUAUCAUAUCCACCAAAAAACGCCGCAGCAGUAGUUAAUUAGCAGCUAAAACAUAAUCAAGAACCCGCAGUGAGUAAUCAAGAUGACUCCACCAAUCAGACUAGUUCAACACACAGACAGACAUCUUUCACUAACACACACACGCACAGUAAAGAAUAUGGGAUUCCGCGGGCGGUGCCCAAAACUUCCCAGCAGAUCAAAAAAAAAACUUGCAUUGAACUACAUCGGCAUUUAUGCUAGUUGAAACAUGGCUGAACAUCGGUUUUAUAUCCAUUUUUUCGAACAAAAAAAUCAAGAAUAAAACACAACAUACACAAACACAUUCGUUAAUCUGUACGCUUGCCAACACUCGUCGAAGUUUUCAUAUAUCGCUGUGUAUAGUAAAGGGACAAACAUUAACAAGAAAAAAAGGUAGAGGCAUUUAUAUAUAAAACAAAUGUUUGUGAUCGAACAAGACAAAAAAAAAACAACCAAACAAAAAGCAUGCAUAACAAGGAAUCAGCUCGAAAAUAAAUGUAUUUGAUUUAAAAUUUUUGAUGUUUGUCACCAGAUGUCGUAUAUAUGAAAAGAGCAAAAUUUGAACACAUGUUGAACACCGUACUUAAAUUACAUUUCAUAGCUAUUUAAAGAAAGAAAAAGAAAACAACAAAAACAGAACAUCAUGAAAUAUCUAGAUAAAACUUUUAUUAAAUCCAAUUUAAAACAAAAACUCUUAUAGCGCAAAGUGUAAACGUUAAGCAAAACUACACUAUUUGUACAACACCAUCAGAGAAAAAGGAAGAAGAAGAAAGAAAAACGUUCACAAAUUUCUCUCUGCACUCCAAAAUACCAAAAAAAAAUAAACAAAAAAAAGAGUUUAAAUACAAUCGGCAAUCGCAGUGCAAAUGCGAACCACAGCUAAUCUUC